AACGUUUGUCAGGUACUUCUGUAACCGUGUGGAGAUUAGGACACUUUAGGGUCAUGAUGGAAUAUUUACAAAUUCUGCAUUUUUGAUUUGGUCAAAUGUUUUACAUGAACUUCUUUGUUUGCCUUUUGAAAAUGAAUGCAUAUUUUAGUUUAGAUUUUAGACUGACAUUUCUGCAUAAUUCAGCCCUGUGAUAUCUUUGUCUAUUUAUUAUGUUUGAGAAUAAAGCAAUAGUUCAGUAACACUUUAUUUUACGGUGACUUUAAAAUAUUUUGUUUCUAUUUCAAUAUUUGACAAAUAAAUAUGCAUGCUGGAAAUUAUCUGAGGCACUAAAAUAAUUGUAAAAAAUCAUUUCGAGAUUUAACGUCGAGCCAACAAAUAUACAUUAGGGUGUAAAGAAUGUAGAAAGUGCUCAUGAAACAGGGAAAAUGAAAAGGAAAAAAGAAGUCGAUCUAUGAUGCAACAUAAAAGUAAUUAGAGGGGGAAGGAGGGAUGGUUGUGACAGAGGAAGUGAUGGUGUCAUUGACAGGCGCUGAAGUACCUGUAUCAUAACGGAUCCUGAGGAAGAACACAUAAAGAUUGUGCUUGAGACGAGAGGAGAAGCGUCAGAGUUUACAAGCCAUGUCCAUCUCCGACAGUCCUGCGUCCUCCAUCUGUAUGUUUGCUCUCCAUCAUCAGUCCUCCAGCUCUCCGGCCGGCCCCCUGAACCCAGACUCCAGCGGCAUGAGCGGUCAGAUGUCUCAGAUGGACACGGGUCUGUACGGUCAGCCCAUGGCCUUCCCCAAGACACCAGACGGCCGGAGCAUGGAGCAGAUGAUGGGCUUCGAGCCGUACUCCUCGUGUCUGACCCCCAGCAGCACUGAUCGAGCAGCGCAGCAGAACCAGCAGGAUUUUUCGCAGUUUCUUCUGCCGCCCCCGGCCUCCACCCUGCGGCCGAUGGGACAGAAGCGCGGCCCGAGCAAAGACAGCGUGGAGUACCGUCUGCGCAGAGAGCGCAACAACAUCGCGGUGAGGAAGAGUCGUGAUAAAGCGCGGCGGCGGAUCCAGCUGACCCAGCAGAGGGCGCUGCAGCUCCAGGACGAGAACCACAGCCUGCAGCUGCACAUCCAGCGUCUGUCGCACGAGGUGGAGUCACUCAGACACUAUCUGUCACAGCGCCACCUACAGGCCAAAGAGCAGGACACCGCUGGAGACUGAAGGUUCUGUUGAUCGUGAUCGAAUCAUUUAGGAUCGGCUUUGUGAUUUUCGUAUAGUUUCAGUAGAUGGGAUGAGUCACAAUUCUCAAUAUAAUAUCGAACGGCUCAGUUCUUGCUUGUGAAUUGCGGUUUUGCGUUUUAAAUAAUAUCCGUGUGCUUCUCCGCUUUUAACGUGCAUUUGAAAAAGCCCUUGCAAUGAUAAGCCUUUCUAAACCUAGAGAACAUAACUUGUUUUUACUUCACUUCCUUUUGUGAUCUGAUGUGGCUUCUUGUCACAGAAUGAGGCAGAAAAUAUAAGCUUGUAAUAAAGGAUACGUCGAUUAGAAAUGGAUAUGAAAACACCAGAGAUGGCUUGAAGAACACAUAAACCGUAUGUAUUGUCGCAGGGGAGUUUUUAUUAUCCUUACAUUUCAUCAUUUAAUGUUAUACAGUAUGUUAUUAUUCAGUUACAGCGAUAGCAUGCCUUUAUCCAUAUUAGGGGUUUCUGGUCAGUUCUGUUACUUCUGUGAUGCAUAAGUGGAGUUUCUGCACGAGGGCGCCCUCUGGUGUCCAGUAUGAAUGAAACACACAUUACAUGUGUUUAUAGUGCUCAAUAAUGUCUAAUUCAUCCUAUGGGUAAAAAUCUGAAAAAUAUUACCUCUCUCAAAAGAAAUAUUUUUUGUUAAUUUGUUGUAAACAACACUGAUGUGUCAAGCCAUCAGAACCGAACAGAACACUGUAGUUAAAAACAGAGGUGUGCAUUGAACUGUGGAUUACUGUAACUGUAUUGCAUCCCUAGUAAAUAUCAUUUCUAAAAGUGCACAUGGGAAAUAAUCCACUGUGAACUAAAGCAUAUUUAAGUCGAAUUUCGACUUAGAUGAGCAUGGAAGCCUGUUUCCACCGCUUAAUAAAAAUAUGGAAAUGGUUUUUGCAACAAUUUAUUUCGCAAAUCUGACUUUUUCCCCUUUUUUUUCCCAUCAAUUGCAAGUUUAUAUCUCAAUUGUGAGUUUAUAUUAUGCAAUUCUUACUACAUUUUCUUCCAGGAAUGAGUGUUUAUAUACACAUUUCUGACACUUUUUUUUUUUUUUUUCUUCUCAGAAUUGUGAAGGAGAAAUUUGCAAUUAUUUGCUUUUUUUUUGGUGGCAGAAAUAAUCUUGUGUAGAUAUAAACUACAAGUCAUUCAGAGAAAAAAAAAGCACAACAAACUCUUUAGGCAUUCUAGUUUGAGGUUUUCUGUUUUGAUUUAAAUAAACGGUUACUUUUUUUGA